UCUCUCUCUGCAGUGGCAGGAACGAUGAUCAUAAGGUUUUUCAGUUGCUGUGGUUUCCUGUUUGUAGGUGGCAUAUAGAGAUGCAAGUCUGUUUGGUAAAUCUGCUGUGAAAAUUAGUCUCGUGAAUGAAUUAUAAAAAACUGGAGCGCCUAAACCGAAACAUGCAUUAUCUUUGCAGUGGAACAUUUCGGUGGAUGAUGAUGUGCUUUGUGAGAAUACAAUGUACCAGUAUGUCAUUCCUGUAAUUUGUGUUUGUGUAGGUUACAAGAACACCAAAUGCCACAAGAGUGGGAGGCAAGAUUGAGAAAUUAUGACUCAUUGUUUGCCAUAACGAAGCAACGAAUUAACACUUCUAGUUCAAAUCAGACAAAGUUUUUAACAUCCAUCUUUUAACUCCUUCUCAUGAAACAGAGAAACACCUGUCUUCUGUGACACUUAGAGAUAUAUUAUGAAGCAUGAUUCAUAGCUCAGUCCUUGACUUUGGUUUAAAAAAAAAAAUAUAUAUAUAUAAUUUGACAUUAAAUCUUUCAAUGGGACACCAAUAAAAUAAGCUCUGGAUUCUUAACUAGGUCAAAUUCUCACCCUAACGUAACUCAAUGUUAAGUUAUCAUGCAUUUUUACUUAAUCUAUGAGGUUCAAAGCCGGUUUUUACAGGAAAUCAUGCCUUAACCACUUUAUCUAACAUAAGACAAAUGAUAAAAAUUAAGGAAAAGAAAAAAAAAAUGCAAUCAAAUCUGCAUGGCUACAGAAAACUCAACCUUCAAGAGAUAAAACAAAAAGGGAGGUGAAAUGAGCAAGAGAUCAGCCAGUUACAGAAAUGAGGAGAGGAAAAAAAGAUGCUGACUGGUGCAAGCGACAGAACAGCGCUUUCUGUGAGCCUAUGAGGAGACAGAGAGCAAGUGCAGCGAGGAAAGAGCCGACAAGUGAAGUUCUCAGCGGCAAAGGCCCAGUAGAUCAGGACACUCCUCAGCAGCUCAUGUGAAAGAGUAAGACUUUGGGACUUAACUUAAGCAGAUAUGAGCAUUUUAAGAAACUGACUACUGGGGUUGCUCAAGCUUGGUGUGGGAGGUGAACUAAAGGGGAGAAACUGAGGAACAAGGAGUGAGCUGUGAGGGAGGAAGAGUAAAAGAUGGUGGCAUCUUCAGUGUGAGCUGCGAGUUGGGUGUGAUUUGUACAAUCUGCAGUGUGUGUGUGAGUUUGGUUGCAGAUUUCUGCUGAGCAGAUUGUGUGGUGUCUUGAUUGACUUGAUUGCUGCUACUGAUACUGUUAUGGACUCCACUGCACUGCUGUCUGUGGUGGGCGGGGCUGUCUUCCUGUCAAUCAUCCUUGUAACCAGUCUCUGUACAUACUGCUGGGGGCACAAACAACCAACAUCCAUCCAUCAGAGAUCCAGUGACUCAGAAUACAACCCAACACCAGGUUUUGUGUUUCGGCAGCAUCCCGUGUCAACAUAUGAGCACCACACGGAUCAUACCAGAAUUGGACCUUACCAACCCAACUCACUCAGUUCACCAUCUAUUACUGUCACAAAGGUGUCCUCCUGUCCUCCCUCAGAAACUGGAAGUCAAGCCAGUUAUGUGAAUCAAAACGGUGAGGAGGGAAUCAACAUUCAUGUCGAUGGCCAUGAGAGUGACGAUGAGCCGUAUGUUCAGCCUCCAAGUGAAUACAUAGUUGUUCUUCCAGAUUCCCCAAACACGCUAUCUCAGAGACCCAGCAGAGCCUCAUCCCAGAGCUCAGGAGAACGUUACAUAAAUGUGAAAAAUGAGAAUGCGUCUGAAGUUACAUUUGGCUGUGAGAUGUAUGUGGAUGAAUCAGACUCAGACAUUCCCGAUUAUGAAAAUUGCAAAGAUUCUCAAGUCCACAGUAAACAAACCUACAGUCUGUCCCUUGGAAGUCAAAGCAGUGAUGAACGGGAAAGCUCGGAUUAUGUCAACACAGACCCGAAAUUACAAUAACCAAAGGUACCAUGUAGUUCUCGAACUUUACUGUUUGAUUUUCCUCUUACCAAAUGAUGACCGUUAACAGAGUCAGCCCUAAGAAGCAUCCCAAGUUUUCACAUUUCUCCAAUCCAUACGACAGAUUUGCUGACGAUACCUGAGAAUGUUUGUUUGUUUAAUUAACAUUUGCUGUUUAAAGUGGCUUUCGCUUACAAAUGUGAACUUUUUUUUUGACUCUACCAUGUAAUAUAUAGCUUUUUGUCAUAAAAAUGAAUAAACAUGUUAGCUAUUGGUUUGAAAAUGGCCAAAUAAAAGUUUUACAAUUCAUAUGGUAUAUAAGGCUACAGUAUGAA